AAAACACCCGCGCAACUCCUCCUAGUCCAAAACAGGGACCCGGUCACAGCAACCAGCUCUAUCGGUUUGAGUAAGUUGACAGACACUCUUAAUGAUUUAGUUGAUCAUCGAUGUGAAGAUCGAAGACAUUGCCUGAACAUGAGCACAGGACAAGAGACACAAGCUGCCUUCUUCCAGGGAAACCAGAGCACAGUUGAACAAGAUGCCUCCCAAUCCGCACUCUUCUACCUUUUCCAGGAAGUUAACAAACUAGCACCUCCCAUCCACAACAGUUUCCUGAACACGGAUUCUCUGUCCACAUGGCUUAAUGAGACAUCUAGGCAGGAUCAUUUCAGAGUAAAGCGAGAGGAAGAGCAUGCACAUUCAUUUCAAACUUCUAAUAGUUCCUGCCAGCACAGUUUGUCUCGUAUGUCGCCUUAUAAUAAGGUGAAAAAAGGGAAACAGGAAAGUCAAAGCAGCAAGGUCAUAACUUUGGUUGAGGAAUAUCCUGAAUGCAACAGCCCCUGGAAAGUGCUGACUCUGAUCAACCUGCAGUGUGAGAGGCUCAUGCAUCAAAGAGAUGUAGAGGAACUGGACACAAGAUCAGUAUCAUCUACCACAAAAUUAGGCUAUUCAAUAGCCAAAUCACUGACUGCAGCAGCAGAUGUGACCGGUCAGGGAGUUGGAGGUGACUGUGUAAGUGUUGAACACACUUUAAGACCAUCUGUUCUUAUCUGUGAGAGGCAAGAAAUCACAUCUGGUGUCGGUCCUGUGAAUGAUGUAAGAGGGGACAGUAGCGGAGGAGACAGUAGUUAUAAACCACAUCACUGUAUGAAAGACUUUGAAGUGUGCUGUAGUGUUCAAGCGCAGAUUCCUGAAGAAACAAACACUGUUAGACCAGAGGUGAUGGAGGAAAAUGCUUCACAUAGAGACAAAAAGAUGAGUAAUAGACAAUCAGAGCAGAACCAGGAGAGUAAGAAGGGUUGUUUCUCUACUGAACAGGAUAUUUUUAAUCUACCCUUUUCUGAAAAUGCUUUGUUGCAAACACAUAUCCUCAAUGCAUCCAUUAAAACCCAGCUGACUUUUAAUUCAAAUGAGGAUGUAAGCGUAACUCUAUCAAAGCCGACACUAAUACUAGACUACAAUGCAAACCUUGCUUUGACUACAGAGCCCCCAUGUGACACCCAGCUGACACCUGAGAGCUCUGUCCCGCCUUCUUCACAAUCAGCAUCACUCUCAUUCAGCACUGCAGAGAGUCAUCACUCACUCUCAAAACAAGAUGAGAUCACGUCAUCUAAACCAGAAUGCUCACGUGCUCCCACAGAGGAAAAAUCCCCUCCAGUUGCACAACUGAAAUCCUCAAACUAUCACGGUCAGACAAACCUCUCACCGUCUGAAACGAUAAAACCAGAACCCAGACCGGUGCAAAAGGAGGAAACUGAACACUAUUCUACUCAGCAUCGUUCCUCUGAAUGCACAUGGAGAACCAAGACUCCCAGAAAACAAUCUAAUCCCAGCCGGAGUGCUGAUAUCCAAGACCCAGACUUCCAGGGAGUGACGUUCAGGAUGGACACGGAGUUGGACGACAGUAAGGAACAGUGUCGGCUCCUCAUAACUUCAAAGUACAGCAAGGAGCUCUACAAGAGUGUAAGAAAACCGAGGCUGAGAACACGAACAUCACAGAAAUCCCUUAAAACAAGCAGCUCGGAUGAGGAGAGUGACCUGACAAACACUGUUGCAAAGGGAAAGAUUUGUGCAUCAUGCUGCACCAGGAAGACCCCCAUGUGGAGAGAUGCAGAGGAUGGGACCCCUCUUUGUAAUGCCUGUGGAAUAAGGUAUAAGAAGUACAGAGUGCGCUGUGUCAACUGCUGGCAUAUCCCCAGGAAAGAGGGCAACUCCAACUCAUGCUGCCUCAAGUGUGGAAACUUUGUGAGGCUGACCUCAGCUCAACGGAAACACACCACCUAAGGACCAUACAUAGAGAAAAAAGGUUUUUAUUUCCACAGGAAGGAGUUCUGCAUACACACUUGCACACAACAGUCCUCAGACUGGCACAAUUCACUACAGAUGUGAAUGUAAAAAAUGGAGGAUAACACGAUUAUCAGCACCAGUCUCUUGACCCAGGUUAUUUAAAUUAGUUCCACUGCUACGAUGUUGUACCUCUGGCUUUAGACAGCUCAUAAAACAACUGGGAAAACAAUCUGUAUUUGUGCUACCUGCUAGCCUGUAUAUAACAUAUUUCACAGAGUGUAUAAAGUUGAUGGGUUUGUUUUUCUGUAUCUAUGGACAAAAAGGGGACAUGUUGAUGAAGCACAGACAGAGAUUGUAGCUGAAAAUACUUUGGAACAAAUAAACGGGAUAGUGUAGGGACACAUUCAGUGGAAAGUUUAGUCAUAAUUGAUGACUUUUUUCAUCUAAAUAGCGUCAGUGUUGCUUGUGUAUAAUGGUCAGCAGUGCCAGACAGCUGCGAUACAAGUUAUUUCUGUACCGCACCAGAAACUGCAACCUGAGCUCAGUGCUGUGAUCACUGUUAUUAACUGCAAAACAAUUUACUUCUCUUGACCUUGACGGCACGACUGUCUGCUAUGUUGAGCAGAGGCAUGUUUGGUUGCACAGGUUAAAUUAUUUAUUUUUGUUGUGUUUGUCAGUGUUUGUUGCUUUUCUUGGAGUUUGUUUGGUUUGUUGUUGUUGUUGUUGUUUUUGAGGGCAGUAUUGUGUUGUUGCUGGUUAAAAAGGUGCACUGAUAUCCUCAGCGCGACUGUUUCUGGGUUUCGGUCUUUAUUAAAUUCAGUAUGAAACAUUCA